AUGUCGCGGGAAGGGAAGCUGCACACCAGGCACGUGGCCUCCCUGGCCUUUGCGAUGACCUGCGCGGGGCCCUUCGGCGUCGAGGCAGCCGUGCGCUGCUUUGGUGCCCCGGCCUUCUUCCUGGGCUUGUUCGUGACCAUGCUAGGCUACGUGCUACCGCAGAUCUUCAUGACUUGCGAGCUCUCGAUGAUGCCACCUUUGAGCAACAGAGGUGUAGUCACCUGGAUCUCCCGCGCCUUUGGCGGCAAAGCGGGCGAGUGUAUCGGGCUGAACAUGCUCCUGUAUCAAAUCGUUGACCUUGCGACUUACACCACGGUGAUUGUGGGCUAUGCCGAAUCGGCUGGAUACGAGGUUCAUUCCGGUCUACCUGCCAUCGCGCCCCUGCUGGCUAUAUCUGUGGGGUUGUGCGUGAACCUGCUGGCGGUUGAGAUGGCAGCAGAGGUCUUCAUGGGCGUGCUAGCCCUUGUACUGCUGCCUUUCUUGCUGGGCCUCCGCUGGUCGGUUCCUAGUCUCCUGGGCACCAAUUUUUGGUCCGGCGCGACGGUGACACAGCCUUCGAAGGACUGGAACCUCUUUUUCUCCUCCCUGAUUUGGCUGAACACUGGCUGGGAUUCCUUUGGGAAUUUGGCUGAGGAGGUGGCUGGGCCCAGGCAGCUUUUGCAGGGGCUACUUUGGGCGGCCUUGGCCGCCUUCAUCGUCUACCUGCUUUGCACUUGGCAGGCGCUUGGAGCGGAGGGCUCCUGGCAAGACGGUUACCUGGCAAUCGCCUACCGGCGGUUUUGGCAGCCGUUGGGGAUUUGGGUUUGCAUCUCUGCAGCCUUGGCCAACACCCUACUCUACACCUCUGAACUGGCUGUGGUGGCUCGCUUUUUGCAAUCCCUAGGAGAUAGCUCAGAGGCAAUGCCGCAGCUUUUACCCAGCUGCUUUCGGAGAGAACUAUCCACAGGAGCUCCCAUUGUAGCGCUGCUGGUCACCACUGCGCUGCAGCUUUGCUUGCUGCUUUUGACCUUUGAUUACCUGGUGCAGCUCAGCACCUUGCUUCAUGUGGUCGUCUACUGGUGGCAGUUGGCUGCCUUUCUGCAGCUGAAGCUCCGGCACCCCGAACUGGUGCGUUUGUAUGCUGUGCCUGGUGGCCGCUGGGGCGCCGCACUCCUUUGCGGCCUCAAGGCCCCGGUGCUGGUGGCCUUGGUGAUCACCGGGUGUCAAGACUGGUCCAUGGUGCUCGGGGCUCUCCUGGUCAACGUCCUCUUUUACUUCGUCGUGCAGUGUGUAAAGUGA